GGUUUUGCAUGCACAGAGCUUGUUUGAGCUGCCGAGGCACUAACAAUGGAUACCCAGAAAGACGUCCAACCCCCAAAGCAGCAGCCGAUGAUAUAUAUUUGUGGAGAGUGUCACACCGAAAAUGAAAUAAAGUCCAGAAAUCCAAUCAGAUGCAGAGAAUGUAGAUACAGAAUAAUGUACAAGAAAAGGACUAAAAGAUUGGUGGUUUUUGAUGCUCGGUGA